AUGUUUAUUGUUGCAACAUUGGACGAUACAGUUUCUAUUGUACCACAUUUAUUCAAUGAACAAUUGAGUACGAUUGUAGCUGAAGAACUUGAUCGUAAAUUAGCCAAUACAAUAUUUCAAGAAUUAGGUUUAUGUAUAUGUUUGUAUGAUAUAUUAUCGAUGGGUGAUUGUAUUCUAUUGCCAUCAGAUUCAAAUUUUCAUAUUAAAGUUAAAUUUCGUUAUGUUGUUUUUCGUCCAAAUAUUGAUGAAAUUCUUGUUGGUAAAAUUCGAUCAUCAAGUAAAGAUGGUAUUACAGUAACAUUAGGUUUUUUUGAUGAUAUUCUUAUUCCAUCGACUAAACUUCAACAUCCAUCUCGAUUUAUUGAAGCUGAACAAACAUGGGCAUGGCAAUAUGAAACUGAUGAUGAAACACAUGAUCUUGUUAUGGAUAUUGGUGAAGAAAUUCGUUUUCGUGUUGUACAAGAAAUUUUUGAAGAUACAGCACCAAAAGAAAUGCCAAAUAAUAAUACAUCAAUAACACAAACUACAAAUGAUGAUGAUAAAAAAGUACCUUAUACAAUAAUUGGUUCAAUAUCAGAACCAGAUGCAUGUGAUGUAAUGGGUUCACGUGCAUGUGGUCGAAAACCUGAAAAAGAAGAUCGAGAAACAGAUCCAAUUAAAUAUUGUAUUGCAUCACGAGUUUAUUUUGAAUGUGUUCAUAAAAAAUAUCGUGGUUGUGAAAAUAAAGAAAAAUAUGAAACAGCUAUGGAAUCAAUUAUGAAAGGCAUUCGAAAACGUGUCGAUGAUCUAUUAGGUUUUUGUAGUGAUAAAAUUGAAGAUUAUAAAUUUAAUAUUGUUUGGGAUACACAAAAACAACCAGAAGCAGCUGAUUCAGUUCGUAGUGGUAGUGGUUCACAUACAUCAAGUGUAUCAUCUAAAAAUGUUAUUUUUGGUUCAUCACCUAUACAAUCAGUUAUAUCAAAUGAUAUAUGUCAAGUAAAAGCUAUAAAUGAAUUAUGUCAACCAUUAAUGAUUACAGUUAAAUUUAAUCCAUCAUGGAAUACAAUUAAUAAACGUGGUUGGUGUCAACAAGCAACAACAUAUUUUCGUUGUUUAAAAUCUCGUCUUGAUAAAUGUUCACAACAAGAUGUACAAAAUCAAUUUCAACAACUUGAACAUUAUCUUCAAUCACAAAUAAAUAUUAAUUGUCCAGGUGGUAUUGAUGGUUGUACACGUCAUUCACCUGAUGCACGUUGUAAAAUAGGUUUAAUUCAAUCAAGUUCUAGUUCAUCUAUAUUUUAUCUUUCUUAUUUUCUUAUUCAAACGAUUUAUCAUGUUAAAAAAGAAAAAAUGAAAUUGAUAAAGAAAAUUGAUAGUAAAAGUUAUUUAUAA